AUGAGUUCCAACUUUUCUCACUCGUUCAUCGAGGACCUCUUGGGGUAUUCUGAGUAUGAGUCCGCACCGUUUGACGCCGAAUUCGCUACGCUAGACUACAGUCAGCUCCCGCUUGGCUCUUUCACCAACACGACUCCAAUCCCCGAUGAUCCCAAGAGUAGCCGCUCGUUGAAUGCCAAAGUUCCGAUUCCGCGAGCUUCAACGCCAGGAAUUGCCAAGGCCCAUGGCCGAGUCAGUCGAGCAUGUGAAAACUGUCGCGAGCAGAAAGCAAAAUGUAGUGGACAUCAACCCACUUGCAAUCGAUGUGCGCAAUCAGGUGCUAAGUGCUUCUAUGGUGAUCGGAAGAGGGAGAGGAUAAUAAAGCAAUUAACUGAUUUGAACACCCGAGCGCAAACGUACGAAGACCUAUUGCGAAAACUCCAUCCGCUAUUGGAUACAGCAGCCGCGGAACUCAUCGAGCAAGCCCUGACACCUGCUCCAAUAAAAAUUAUCAAGACACCACAGCUCCCAUUUGGCUCCAUCUUUUCGCUUGGUGCUUGUGACUGUACACAGGAAGACUUGAAUCAGGAUUCGAAACUGCAGUCGAUGGGUUUCAUAGGCGAACCGUCGGAGAUGGCAUGCUUGUACCGACUUAAACGUCAACUUGAUCAGGGCUUGUCGAGUCCUACUUGUGACCAGUCGAUCUCUCAUAUGAACUAUUAUUUGGACGAUACUAAUGUUGCUGUUGGUGAAGAGGCUGAUCUGUCCAAGUGGCCUUCUCAAGCUGCUGCUGAUCUCCUUGUACAUCAUUACUUCAAAAUUAUACACCCUACAUUCCCAGCUAUUGGAAAGCUGGCUUUCAUUGGGCAGUACCGUAAAUUCUAUUCCAACCCAAACGUGCGACCUGGAAGCCGGUGGCGGGCUGUGUUGAAUUUGAUUUUUGCCAUUGCCGCACGACAUUUGCUCCUCAUAAAUGGUGAGCUUUCAGUCGAGUUCGAAGAUCAUCUGGUCUUUUUCUCAAGGGCAUGGCAGCUUAACAUGGACAGAGAGGUGGCGCUGAGUCAUCCAGAUCUACAGCAAGUGCAAAUUGAAGGCUUAAUGUCGUUUUAUAUGCUCUCUGCUGGCCAUAUCAAUCGAUCAUGGCGAAUGAUUGGCGUUGCCAUUAGAUCGGCUAUUACAAUGGGAAUCAAUCUGCGUAAUAAUUCUGAAAGUAUCCCACCACUAUCCAAAGAAACCAGGUACCGAUUAUGGUGGGCUCUUUUAAUUCUCGAGAUGGUCCUAUGUGAAAUGACUGGACGUCCUCCCUGCACACGGUUAAGCUUCUGCACAACACCUCUACCUGUCCCAUAUCCCGAGGAGGACUUUGGUGAUGAGCGUGUCAUGAAACUUAUCACGGAUCAGACGAUCCGAAGCACUGCAUUCACUUCUGUCUUGCCGAAUAGGUCGAGAAUUCCACUGGACAGCAUCAUCACAGUUAGCACACCUUCAGAAGCAAAUCAUGGAAUAGAGCUGGAAGCAGAAGGGGCGGCAGAGGUCCUGAUACCCAACACUUCACUUUGUUUUUUAUACACAGUCGAACUUUCGCUUCUGAUGCGUGAAGCUAUCACCACAUUGUAUGCUCCAACAGCUGCUCAGAAACCUUGGCACAGGAUCGAAGUUGCGCUAUGCUCACUCAACGACGAUGCUGACAGAUGGCUCUCACGACUACCAGCCGAGCUACAAUUCAAGGAACUACGCCAAGACCAACCAUUCCUACGUCAGCGCAUUGGACUCGCGUUCCAGUUCUAUUCCACAAGGUUGAUCAUCUCACAGUCAUGCCUUCGCCCACCAGCGGACCAGCUAUCCGGGACGAAACCCGUCAUUGCGCUGUGUGAAAAUAUGGCUACCAUGUGCGUCAAGAUGGCGAGUCUGAUGCUUGACAUUCUUCCCGAUAAACCAGACAUGGCGUACCUCAAGGACCUUCCCCCGUGGUGGAUUGUCCUCCAUUACGUGAUGCAAUCAACAGUUGUGCUCCUAGUUGAACUAUUUACUCGGGCUCAGACCGGUACCCCCGAGGCUGUGGGUAUACUUAAGAACAUAGGAAAGGCUACUGGAUGGUUGGAGAUGAUGUCAAGUAGAGAUCAUUCUUCGAAGCGUGCUUGGGUAGUCUGUAUGGAUUUGCUCUCUACGCAUGGCGCAAAGUUAGAGUUGGAGGCCGAUGCAGAGUGA